CUCGGCUCCGGCGGGCGGGCGCGCGCCUGCGUGACGUCACUGGUGUGAAGAAGAUGGCGGCGCUCGUGAAGGCGGAAGUGUUGCAGUUUCGUCCUCCCUGGAUCGUGUGACUGCCUCCUGCAGGCCGGAGGAGUGUGUGAACUUCACCAUGAACAACAAGGACGCGACCACAGAGUCCGAGACCAGCGGUCAGAUGAAAGUGUUUUUACCCAAUAAGCUGUUGGAGUGUUUGCCUCGCACCACCACUUUACCCAAAGAGAGACUGCGCUGGAACACCAACGAGGAAAUUGCAUCCUUCCUGAUUUCGUUCGACAGACAUGACGAGUGGCUUUCUUGCACACUUAAGACCAGGCCACAGAACGGGUCGAUCAUUCUGUACAAUCGCAAAAAAGUCAAAUACCGGAAAGAUGGAUAUUGCUGGAAGAAGAGGAAGGACGGAAAGACGACCAGAGAGGAUCACAUGAAGCUGAAGGUUCAGGGCAUGGAGUGUCUUUACGGUUGUUAUGUUCAUUCCUCCAUCGUCCCAACAUUCCACAGAAGAUGCUAUUGGCUGCUGCAGAACCCAGACAUUGUUCUAGUGCACUAUCUGAACGUGCCGUCACUGGAGGACAGCGUGAAGUCGUGUGGCCCGGUGUCGUGCGCCCUGACCGACCGCCGGGACAGUCUGCGCUGGAGCCGAGACGAACUUCUGUCCCAACUUAAACCCAUGUGUGAGUGACCAAUCACACGCCUGCAACAUCACCAAACAACCAAUCACACGCCUGCAACAUCACCAAACAACCAAU